AAGGUUGCGUUUGGUCGUUUCGUACGCGGUCUCACCUCGCCUUGGUCUAUUGGUUUCUCAGCGUUUGGUCUUGCUUAUGAUUUGACUGGUAAAACAUAUAUAGUGACUGGUGCGACUAGUGGCAUUGGGCAGCAGACCGUGGAGGAGCUUGCGAAACGGAAUGCGAGGGUGAUAAUGGCGUGCAGGUGGGUGGUUACUUAUGAUUUCUAG